AUGGUUGUGCUAGCAAUACUGCUCAAAGCAAGUGGCUGUGGUUUCUGGAGAAUAUCCACCAACAACAAUGUAGAUGCUGAUGACGACGACUUCUCCGACUGCAGCGGCAAGUUUGAGGUUAUGUUAGCUGCAACAUACAAGUUGCGCAAUAAUGACUUAAAAGAAGUGCAAGCUGAUCAUGCGCAUUCUACUCUCGAGGAAAAAUCAAAAGAUGGCGCCAAAAGUGGACUGCUGAAGAAAUGUAAAAGCUGCACUGAUGUUCCUUGUGUGCCACAGAUUCAAUGUCCUGCCCAUGUGCGCAUGGAAAGGCAUGAGAAGCCACAAAUAUGCGAUUUGCCUGCUGGUAAAUUUGGUUACUGCUGUUUAACUGGACAAAACCAUACAGCAACCACAAGCAAAGAACGCCAAGUAGCGUUUCCUUUAUCUUUGCCCAAUGAUGUGCUGGAAGAAGCCAACAAGAAUUUUCAGCAUCUAAUGCAUGGAUUUAGUCAAAUGCCUGUACAACGUGGUUUGCCUGAUUUCAUGCAUGGACUUGUAUUUCAUUCAACGCCCAAAGAAGAUUCCCAUAGCUUUGCCUUAUCGAACAAUGCGCUGGAACAGGUCAUUACCACUCAAGUGUUUGGUAAAAAAGAGCAAGUAACAGUUGACGAGUUUAGUACCAAUAGCGUGCCGGUGAAAUUUGGCGAGACACCCUUGGCUCACCAUUGUCAAGAGCCACCUAUUUGUCGCAAUAAGCAGGGACCGCGUAGUUUGGACGGCACUUGCAAUAAUCCGAUGGCAGAACGCUCACAUUGGGGUGCUGCUGGUCAGCCCAUGGAGCGCCUGUUGCCGCCAGCCUAUGAAGAUGGCAUUUGGACGCCACGCAUACACUCAACUGAUGGCACUCCAUUAACGAGCGCGCGUGAAAUUUCACGCAUUCUGUUUACCGAUGUGGAUCGCCCUCAUGCCAAGUACAAUCUGCUGGCAAUGCAAUUUGGCCAAUUGUUGGCGCACGAUGUAACUCAAUCCUCCUCGAUACGUCUCAAUGCAAAUGGUGGCCUGGUGCAGUGCUGCUCAGAGGGUGGUAAAAGCGUAUUGCCAGCGCAGCAGAGACAUUUUGCCUGCCUGCCCAUUGAAGUAUCAAAGGAUGAUGAAUUUUAUAGAGCAUUUGAUGUGCGUUGUCUGAAUUUGGUGAGGCAAUCGUUAGUGCCCAGUGCAGACUGUCGCAUGAGCUAUGGAAAGCAGCACAGCAAGGUCACACACUAUUUGGAUGCUUCUCCCGUAUAUGGCUCCAAUGAGCAGGUGGCACGUGAUUUGCGCACAUUUCAAGGCGGUCGCCUGCGCAUGCUGAAUGACUUUGGACGCGAUUUGUUGCCGCUAACAGAAGACAAGAACUCCUGCAGCAGCACUGAGCCUGGCAAGACGUGCUUUCAGUCCGGUGACGGACGCACUAAUCAAAUUAUAUCACUCAUUACGCUGCAUAUUGUUUUGGCACGCGAGCAUAAUCGUCUAGCCGCUGCGCUGGCCAAGCUCAAUCCGGCUGCCAGCGAUGAACGUCUAUAUCAGGAAGCGCGCCGCAUUGUCAUUGCCGAGUUGCAACACAUUACGUACAACGAAUAUCUGCCAGCUGUAAUUGGUCCACAGCAAAUGAAACGCUUUCGUUUGUCGCCGCUGACUGAAGGAUAUGCCGUGGAUUACAAUAAGGAAAUGAAUGCAGCUAUAACAGCUGAAUUUUCUGGCGCAGCUUUUCGCAUGGGACACUCCAGUGUUGAUGGCAGAUAUCGCAUGCAUGAUGAAACUAUAAAUAUACCCGAUGUUAUGUUUAAUCCUUCACGCAUGCGCAAGCGCGAUUUUUAUGAUCACAUGCUGCGCACGCUUCUAAUACAGCCCAUGCAACAGGUGGACAGCUCUAUAUCCCAUGGCCUUAGCAGAUUUCUGUUUCGCGGCGAUAGUCCAUUCGGCUUGGAUCUGGCAGCCAUUAAUAUACAACGUGGACGUGAUCAAGGACUGCGCUCUUAUAACGACUAUCUUGAGCUAACUGGCGCACCAAAGCUGCGCAGCUUUAGUCAGUUUCCCAAUGAAAUAGCAGAGAAGCUUUCGCGCGUCUAUCGCACGCCAGAGGAUAUUGACUUAUGGGUAGGCGGACUGCUGGAAAACGCUGUUGAGGAUGGCAUUGUUGGCAUUACGUUUGCCGAAAUUAUAGGCGAUCAGUUUGCACGCUUUAAGCGCGGCGAUCGCUAUUUCUAUGAAUAUGAUAGCAAAGUAAAUCCAACUGCAUUCAGUGUGGAGCAGCUACAGGAACUGCGCAAGACGAGCAUGGCUCGCUUAAUAUGUGAUAAUGCCGAUCAUUUGGCGCUGGAUGCUGUGCCCAUGUCAGCUUUUGUACGCUCUGACUUUGCCGGCAAUAAGCUAAUGCGCUGUGAUGAUCCCAAUCUGCCUGCAGUUAAUCUGAAUGCUUGGCGCUUAUAAAUAAUAUUGC